AUGACUUAUAUCAUAGUUACUCCUAAAAGAACACCUUCUAUAACACCUUCAUUACCUAAAUUUUGUAAUGAAAAUGAAUGGUUUUAUUUCCAUGAAAUUAAACCAUUAAUAAAACAAACAUUACCUAUAAUUAAUAAAUGUAUGUCAUAUUUAAUGCCAACAACUGAAGAAGAAAAAUUGGAACCAAAAACAUAUAAAUUUCAAUUACAAGAUGGAACAUUUCAAGGAGUUUUACAAUUAAAUGGAUGGUUUUGUAAUGGAACAGAGAUUAGAUUUAAUUUACCUCAAUGGCAAAAAUUCCCAAUUUUUGCUAAAAUUCGAGAGUCUCAAAUAUUACAAAUGCAAGAAUUUUAUCGUCAAUGUUGUAUUAUUUUAGAUGAAACAAGUAAAAUAAAAGAAAAAUAUACAGAUUUAAAUCAACUUAUUAAUAUUAUAACUAAUAUUAUUAAAUCAUGUGCAAAAGCACUUAGACUUUUAGAUAAUCCUCCAAAGAAAGGACUUUUUCCAGAAUAUGAACCAUCUUUAUUAUAUCAAGAACCUCAACCACCAUCAAAUUGUAUUUUUGAAAUUUAUAUUCAACAUAGAGAAUUUAUAAUUAAAGUUUAUGGUCUAGAAAUAAAACAAAUUGAAUCUUUUACUUCAAUUGAAACACAAAGAAAUUCAUUUCAAUUAACUAGACCUGUAAUUCAACAAUCAAAAUUAAAUAUUGGAUUAUAUAAAAAACCUAAAUCAACAUUAUUAUCUAGAUCACAAAGUGCUCAACCAGAUGAUUUUUUAUUAACAUCAAUUGAAUGGGGAUGUGGAGAAGGAAUGAUGGGUUAUCCUAAAGGAACUAAACCUAUUAUAAUUCAAAAUAAAUAUCCUACUGUUACAUAUUUAUAUAAUAAAUAUGAUGUUACUGUAAUGGCUAAAAGAGAAGUUCAUAUUACUAUUGAACAACUUGACUCAAUUUAUAAUGAUAUUCAUGAAUUACAAAUACAAUGGACUCAUGUUUUACAUAAUUUAAAACAAUUAACUUUAAUUUAA